AGGAGAUCUGUGUGGGCUUCCUGUUCUUGUGAAACUAUUCAUCUGCUGGGGAGACACCUAUGGGACAUUCAUCACUCUGAAAGGGGGCUUCUCUCGGUGCAUGCUGUGUGCAUCAUUCUCCAGCUCAGGGUUUGACUAAGAAGAAGACUCCAUCCCCCCAGCCAGAGGAUGCAGCUAGGAGAGCAGAUACUGACUAGCUCUGCUCCCAACCUGCCCCACACUUUCUACCCUCUGCCUGGAGACCCCAGCACUGCAGCUCAGAGCCCAGGCUUGGAGUUCGGCGUGGGGCAACACAAGGGGCAACAACAGCAGCAGCAGCACAAGAAAUACACCAGAGGGCUCCACUUGGACAGCCCCAGAGACCCUGGAAGCACUGGUACAGCUGCCCCCUCUAUGCUGGGAGAGGUUGGAGAAGGCUUCACAGCCACCAAGACUCUGCAGGAAAGUGGGCGUAAAGGAACCCCAACAGGGGAGGAGGACAUGAACUCAGUGGCCCCAACCUCAGCCCCCCGUUACCUGGACAGCAGCCUGCAGGCAGCCUCUGAGAGAUACUACCUGCAAGGCCAGGGUCAGCAGCCCCAACAGGCAGGGGCAGAGCUGGGCUCCCCCUGCUCCAUCUUCCCCUAUGCACCCCCCCAGCACAGCGCCGUGUACCAAGCAGGGGGUGCAGCCAGGUACCCCCCUUAUGGCAGCAUGCUGCCCCCUGCCGGCUUCUCUCCUCCUGUGUGCCCCUCUCGCCCUCAGUACCCCACGGGGUACCAGUAUGGGCAGGCACCGGCCACCAUGUACAGCCCUUACCCAGCAGCGGGCUCUAACAGCGGGCUGAAUGCUCUCGGACUGCCGGCCAGUGGAGCUGGGGUCAGGGCGCAAGUCUUCCUCUGCAACCGUCCUCUGUGGCUCAAGUUUCACCGUCACCAGACUGAGAUGAUCAUCACCAAGCAGGGCAGGAGGAUGUUUCCUUUUCUCAGUUUUAACAUCACAGGGUUAAAUCCCACUGCCCAUUACAAUGUAUUUGUAGAGGUGGUUCUGGCUGACCCAAAUCAUUGGCGCUUCCAAGGGGGCAAGUGGGUGACAUGUGGCAAAGCGGACAACAACAUGCAAGGUAAUAAAGUGUAUGUGCACCCCGAAUCUCCCAAUACUGGGGCACACUGGAUGAGACAGGAGAUUUCUUUCGGGAAACUGAAACUUACUAAUAACAAGGGGGCAAAUAACAACAACACCCAGAUGAUUGUGCUGCAGUCCUUACACAAGUAUCAGCCUCGCCUGCACAUUGUUGAAGUGAGUGAGGAAGGGGUCGAAGAUCUAAAUGAUUCUGCCAAAACACAGACCUUUACCUUCCCAGAAAACCAGUUUAUUGCUGUCACUGCCUACCAGAACACUGAUAUAACUCAACUCAAGAUUGACCACAAUCCCUUUGCAAAAGGCUUCAGAGAUAACUAUGAUUCCAUGUACACGGCCUCAGAGAAUGACAGAUUAACACCAUCUCCUGCGGAUUCUCCUAGAUCCCAUCAGAUAGUGCCUGGGGCCCGCUACAGUGUCCAGCCUUUCUUCCAAGAACAAUUUGUCAACAACCUACCCCCUGCUGCCAGGUACUACAGUGGGGAGAGGACUGUACCCCAAACCAGUGGGCUCCUGUCCCCCCAGGGCGCAGAAGAAGUUGCCACUGCUCCACCACAGAGAUGGUUUGUGACCCCAGUCCAACAGGCCAAUGCCAACAAACUGGACAUGGGGCCAUAUGAGACAGAUUACUCCUCCAGCUCUCUUCUCACCUAUGGCAUCAAGUCUCUGCCUCUCCAAACCUCUCACCCCAUGGCCUAUUACCCCGAUGCAGCAUUUGCCUCCAUGACUGGGUGGGGGAGCAGGGGUUCUCCAUACCAGAGGAAAAUGACCACAGGUUUACCUUGGUCUUCAAGGUCAAGCCCACCUACUUUCUCUGAAGAUCUUCUAGCCAAGGAUAAGGUCAAAGAAGAAAUGAGCUCCUCGUGGGUUGAAACUCCACCUUCCAUAAAAUCAUUGGACUCCAAUGAUUCUGGGGUCUACACAGGGGCAUGUAAGAGAAGAAGGCUUUCUCCCAGCACAUCUAGUAAUGAAAAUUCACCCCCUAUAAAAUGUGAAGAUAUUGCACCAGAGGACUAUAAAGAUGCAUCUAAGGGACUGGGCUAUUAUGCCUUCUACUCUAGCUCUUAA